AUGGAGGGAAUCGAAAGAAACUUGCAGGAUUUGGCGCGGAUCGCACACUUAUUGAAAGAAAGAAGGCCGGAAUUAGAUAUUCAUCAAUCGCAAGAGCUUGAAAAGUUUUCAGGUCUUGUAUCAGAAGCUGUACGGUCCAUGGAACGCAUUCUGGUACCCAAUCAGGUCCAGUCAGACACUGCAAAUCUAAACGCCCAUGAGCCCACUUCUAACAGCGCGAAGGCCGCUGGAGACAAAAAAGCUGCCAUUAAAUCGCGCCGCUUUAAACGUACCUAUUUUUACAGCCUAGACUCUCCUUAUGCACAUAUGCGCGACAAGAGCGGCUCCUUCCGCAUCGCCCCACCAAUUCCAGAUCAUCGAGAUGUCCAACGCCCACAACAAAGCAAAGAGAAAUGCCAGUCACCACAACAAAUCCAUGCAAACUAUCUAAUCCAGAACCUCGCAGUACUCGAUAACCUUCGAAACCUUAACCGUUUAGCUCAUAAAUCGUCCAGCUAA